UCAAUCAGGUCGUCUUUGCGCACAUAGAUACGCGGUGCUAUGCAGCUGGAGUUCACAAUUUCUUGUGAAGAAUUUGCUCUAGUGUGAAGAAAAUGAGUGGUCGGGGAAAAGGCGGGAAAGGUCUUGGUAAAGGAGGCGCUAAGCGUCAUCGCAAAGUUCUCCGUGACAACAUCCAAGGUAUUACGAAGCCUGCGAUUCGUCGUUUGGCUCGUCGUGGAGGAGUCAAGCGUAUCUCAGGUCUCAUCUACGAAGAGACUCGAGGAGUGCUUAAGGUGUUUUUGGAGAACGUCAUUCGCGAUGCCGUCACCUACACUGAGCACGCCAAGAGGAAGACUGUCACCGCUAUGGAUGUGGUUUAUGCUCUGAAGCGGCAGGGUCGCACUCUGUACGGCUUCGGUGGGUAAAGCUUUAUUCCGGUAGCCUAAAUCCGUUUCCGAACUACCCAAAGGCUCUUUUAAGAGCCGCCCACAUUUUCACCGAAAAGCACCAUUUCGUUAUUUUUCUUAUGUCGAGUUUAUUGCUCUAUAUUGACCGUGUGAAGGCUGCCUACUACUUGGCUCCACGUGCUUGUGAAAAUUAAAGGUUCUAUGCGCGUGGAGGGAAUAAACACCGUGUUUCACUAACCUG